AUGGUUCAUAUAACGAAAUUUCGCAACGAAUUAAAGCGUAUUGGCAUUCUGACAGAGUGUGGACGAUUUAAUAUCAAUAUUAAUGGUCGAAUAAUCAAAACAAAGAAGUCUUCUGCAGUUUGUUUUUCAGAUUUAAUCCAAGAAAAAUGCGUUCUUAAUAAAUCGAUGUCAUCAUAUCAAACAAAUCUAGAUCUUAAAUGUGAAGAUUCAAUUGACAUACUUUCAGAGUUUCUUGAAACAGGAAAAUUUGACUUUGAAGAAGAUGAAUCACAUUAUCAUGAUAUAUUUGAAAUUGGAAAACAUUUUGGAAAUCAAUUAUUCAUACAAUUAUAUGCAAAGCAUGUUAAAUUAGACAAAUCUAUUACAAAAGAAAACGUUUUUCAAAAGUAUGAAAUUUCAGUUUUUGAAAAUGAUAUUAUAAUAGAAAACGAAUGCAUUAGAUUCAUUUCAUCACAUUUGUAUUGUUUAGAUGACAAAGAUAUCAUUGAACACUUCGCAAAAAAUGGCUAUGAAUUUUGUGAAAAAAUCAUUACCUCAGACGAAUUAAAGAUCGACAACGAAGAUCAUUUAUCUCUUUUACUUUUAUCAAUUUGCAAACAGAAUGAUACAUUGUUUGACUUAUUUAGAUACAUCAAACUUACAUUUUGUUCACGAGAAACAUAUGAUAUAAUUUAUAAUUUUUGUAUUGAACAUUCAUUCGAAAGAGUUCUUCUUUCUAUAUAUAACGAAACAUUAAAGAAUUAUCAUUCAAAUCUUCGAGAAAAUAUUGAAAUCUCAAAUGAACCUAUUUCAACAUUCGAAAGACCUAUUAUUAAAAAUCAAUUUACAAUAUCAAAUAACUCUUUUGAUGUUAAUGGAACUAAGUUAGUAGGUUAUAACGAAAUUAAAAUGGAAUUUACAGCUUCAUCUGUUGCAAAUGGAAGUUUAUCAGAUAUAAAUUCUUAUAGAAAUGAUGUUGAUUUCUGUACUGAUAAUUUUCCAAAUUCAUGGAUAAAAGCUGAUCUAAAAGGAUAUAAAUUAAAGCCAAAAUCUUAUGUUUUACAAUCUACAAUUAUGUAUGAUAGUUGUUUAUUGAGGAGAUGGAAGUUAGAAGGAAUCAAAGAAGAUGGAACAACUGUUGUAUUAGAUAAUGAUAAAUAUUAUAGAUUUAAACAAAAAGAAAUCAAAGAAUUUCCACUUCAAACAAACGAAUAUUUUGUAUCUUUCAAAUUAACUCAAAUAGGAAAGAAUUCAAGCAAUGAUGAUUAUUUGCAAAUUCUUAUCUUUGAUUUCAAAGGUGAGUUAAUAAAAAUAUAA